AUGCGGCGCGCACUUGACACCGUCGUUGUUUUUCUACUCCUCCCGAGUGUUUUGGCCUUUACACCACUGCCAGCGGUUGAUCUAGCCAUUGGUGCACGAGGUGUUGCCACAAACGACUCCACAUGCCUCGCUAUUCAGCAAGCUAUCUCAAGUGCUUCUUCCGUCUAUUACCCCUCAGAUCCUCAAUAUUCUCAAGAUAUCUGGCAUUUCAUGAAUUCGAGCAUUCAGUACCCGAAGUGCACCGUUGAACCAGGGACUGUUCAAGAUGUGUCGAAAAUUAUGAAAAUCCUGGCCAACUCUACUUCUCCUUUUGCUGUGAAAUGUGGUGGCCAUGCUUCCAACCAGGGCUUCAGCUCUACGACUGGCGUUCUUAUUGCCAUGACUCGUUUUAACAAAGUUAUCUACCACCCCGAGACGAGCACCGCGGAUAUCCCGACAGGCGUCAUUUGGGAUGAUGUGUACGCAGCUCUUGAGCCUCAUGGUGUCAAUGUCGUUGGCGGACGUGUGUCUGGAGUUGGCGCGACUGGAGUAACGCUUGGUGGAGGGUAUUCAUGGUUGACAAACCUCUAUGGGUUGACGGUGGAUUCUGUCACCGCAUUCGAACUCGUCCUACCUAGUGGGGAAGUCGUCGAAGUCACGAAUGAUAAUAAGUUCCGUGAUCUUUUCUUUGCCUUAAAGGGUGGUUUCAAUAAUUUUGGGAUUGUGACGAAAUUUACUUUGACGACCUAUCCUCAAGGCCAAAUUUGGGCAGGGUUAAUUCUUUACUCCGGGUCACACUGGGACAAGCUCGCAGACGCAACGGUUGACUUCCAAAAUUCAAAUACCGAUCCCAACGCCAACGUUCUCCCCUCGUUCAAUCAGUAUCCAAACGGAACACAAGUCGCGGCUGUGCUCGUAUUCUACAAUAAGCCUACUGCUCCACCUGGACUGUUCGACAAAUUUUUGAACGUUCCGAGUAUUUCUCAAAAUGUCACAACGAGGAGCUUUCGGGAUUUCAUUCUGAGUAUCCCGAGUAACGCAGAGGCCGGUUUCCGUGGAGCUUUCAAGGGGGUAUCUUUAGCAGAAUUCUCGCCCGGUAUUCUAAAGACAAUCCUUGCAGAAAUUCCAACUUGGAGUGCCUACAAUGGAGCGAAUUCUGGAGUGUUCGUUUCGUACGACAUGGAGCCAUUCCUAACUAGCAUCCCAAAGCACGCUACUCCGAGUGCAUUCCCACACGACAAAUUCGCUUCCCCCAUGAACAUCUACUUUGCUUGGACAUCUCCUGACUCCGACGGUGCCCAGAUGCAGGGAAUCGAGCAAACUGCGGCGAAUAUCGCUGCCGCCGCCAAGGCCGAAGGACAAGACAUUGACUCGUUAACUUUAUACCCAAAUUAUUGUCUUGCUGACACUCCGUUGGAGAAGAUGUACGGGAAUAAUGUACAGAGGUUGAAGAGCAUCAAGGAGGAGUAUGACCCUCUCAAUGUUAUGGGUCGUACAGGCGGGUGA